AUGAAGCAGGACGCCAUGAAGCUUAACGCGCUGCUUCUCCUCAGCUCCGUUGGCGCCGCCGCCGCUCGCUAUGCCGCCAACUUGAACUACGGCUCUCCUUCAGCCCACCAUCCGUUUCUCGGCAUCUCCCUGUACAAAGUCGUCCGCCGACAUGAUACCACUGUCCGAUCCAUUGAUGCGUCUGCUCUGAAUUUCACGCAUGGCGUCGCCUCUGGCGACCCGUAUGCGGAGUCUGUGAUUCUUUGGACGCGUAUUUCUCCAGAAUAUGACAAUGAUAAAAGCAAUGUCACGGUAUCCGGAACGGUGCCGCUUUUCAAUCACGAUAUGCAAGAAUAUGUGCGAGUCUCCACGGCCCCCGUGUGCGUGAAUUACAAAGUGGCAACGGACCGGAAGAUGGAGAAAGUCGUCCAUUCGGGCCAGGCUUACACCUCCUCAGAUAUCGACUGGACUAUCAAGGUCGAAGCCACAGGUCUGAAGCCGUUUACGCAGUACUACUAUCAGUUCACCGUGUGUGACUCGAACAAUGCGAGCCCGGUUGGCCGAACCAAGACUGCCCCAGCCCCUGACGAUGAUGUUUCGGAACUCUCCGUGGCCGUCUAUUCGUGCUCGAACUACCCCUUCGGAUACUUCAAUGCAUUCGGAAACUCGGUGCGAAAGGACUCUGUCGAUUAUGUCCUACACUUGGGCGACUUUAUUUACGAGUACGCUGAAGGCGCAUAUGGAUGGGGCUGGGCCAUCGACAGAAUUUCCCAGCCUAACAAGGAGAUCCGCUCGCUUUACGACUACCGCAGGAGGCAUGCAUCCUACCGUGCCGAUUUCGAUGCCAUCUUGAGCUUUGCGAGCUAUGCAUGGAUUCCGGUCUGGGAUGACCACGAGGUCGGAGACAAUACCUGGCGCGAUGGCAUGGCAGAUCAUAACAACACUGAAGAUUCUUUUAUCCAAGACGGACUGCAGGAAGGCGGUGAUGGCUUAACAUUCGAUCAACGAAAGAUGAACGCCGUGCGCGCGUACUUUGAGUGGAUGCCCAUUCGUCAGGUCGAAAUGGAUGAUAACCUUCGUAUCUGGCGGACAUUCUCCCUUGGCAAUCUCGCGGAUAUCAUCAUGCUCGACACUCGGCAAUACGACAGAUCUGUUACAGAUCUCUAUUGGAACAACGACUAUAUCCAUGAGAUCCAGAACGAUGCGGGAAGGUCACUUAUGGGAAGCCGCCAAGAGAAUUGGUUCUACAAGCAGCUCUCAAAGUCGAAGAACCGUGGUGCCACAUGGCGCCUAAUCGGAUCGCAGAUUGUCUUCUCGCGCUUGAACCAGUCCACCACUGGUGGUGCUGAUGAUCCUUAUAACAUGGAUGCUUGGGAUGGCUACCAGGCCAAUCGCAACCGCACAUUCCAGCACCUCUACAACAAUAACAUCACCAACAAUAUUCUCAUGGCUGGAGACAGCCACAUGUCCUGGGUAUCGGAUCUGGUGUGGCUGGGCGAGCACGACUACGAUCCGAAAACAGGAGCUGGCUCGGUCGGCGUCGAAUUCUCUGGCUCCGCAGUCAGCAGUCCUUGCCCGCAUGGCCAGAACAUUACCAUCGAUAAAGCCAACAAGAACAGUGCCGCUCUCGUCGCCGGAAACCGUGAACUUCUAUGGCAGGACAUGUAUUACCGUGGAUACUACGAGCUGACUCUGAGCCAUGAUGCCGUACACGCGAAGUACUUUGGCGUUCCCACGCUUGUUCAGCGUACUCCGUUGGAAGUAAGCUUGGCCAACUUCACAGUCUUGCGGGAUGCCAAUGCGGUGAAGCGUCCUAUCGCCGGUGGGGUCGUUGAAAGCGGGGCAUUGAAGUUUGGAGAGGUGAUGCAGACUAACUUAACAUAUAACACGGCAACCGGAAAGUACGCUGUACAUAACUUGUCGACAUUCGGCUACAACCAGAUCAUUGACUAG